AUGGUGGGCGUUAACCCUGAUAGCCGUCAAGGCAAGAGCCCUCAUGAUUUUGGAGCAACAAGCGACUCUGAAUUUACGCCACCAACCAUGGAUGAGAUCAGCGAAACAGCUUCCUGUAGUAUCGGCAUUGACUUUGGCCGUUCAAAAUGCGAGGCAGCCGUUGUCAGUGACACAGGCAGUGUUAUACUGAUUCCUUUUGAGCCACAUAGCACUGAAAACUGCUACUCACUAUCGAGUUUCGUCUCAAUGGGGGUUGCUCACUCGGGAGAAGGGGAAGUAGGACUCCAAUCAAUUAACCGAGCGAAGGCUGGACAUUCGUAUACUGUGUACGACCUGACAAUGCUGCUUGGGCAGAAGACAGAGACGCUCUCAGCACAAGACGUCAAUCGUUGGGCUUUUACUCUUCAAGCUGGAGCUGCUGGCAAAGCUGUCGUGGAAUCUCCUGCGAAAGGCAACGUCCCUGAUCUAGUGUAUCCCGAACAAGUUGCAGCCUUGCUCUUCGCUACGAUCAAGAACCGAGCUGAGACUUUCACUGGAAAGCGUGUCACUACUGCUGUGGUGACGGUACCAGCAGCUUAUAACCGGACCCAGCGUCAGGCCGUUUGGGACGCCUGCAGAAUUGCUAACUUGGAUGUCGAGCGGCUCGUUAUUUCAUCCACGGCGUCUGCUGUCGCCAAUGCAGAUUCCGUAAUUGACGCUGCGGCUACUGUCUUCGAGAAGACGAUAGUUGUAGUAGACUGUGGUGCUGGAAGUUUGAAUGUAACAUUGGCUCGGGUACCUACAGCAGGAAAUAUGGAGCUGGGAGGUGAAGCUCUAACGGAUCGUCUUUUUGAGCAUUUCCACAGUGAGGCGAAGGUAGUCGACACCAGUUCAAAGUCGACAAGUCCAGCAUUUUCCAGACGCCUGCGACGUGCGUGUAUGUUGGCUCAAAGGAUCCUUUCGACUUCACAGCAAGCUGCAAUUGAUCUGCCUUGGCAGCCUCGACGUGCCUGUGGCUCUGGUGCAGUCAAUGGAGUGAUGACAGGGUUCAGUAGCAGCAUCUGGCGAGCAGAUUUCGAGUCGUUGUGUGGGUCGGAGACGUGGGACUGCUUGCCGACCACCGUUGAGCAAGUUCUCGCGACCGCGAAAGUAAAGAAGGAGGACGUUGAUGCGGUCUUGGUCACUGGAGGAGCCAUGCAAGUGCCAAAACUCCGUGAAGUUCUUGGAGACUGCUUUGCCGAACACUGGAAUCGAAUCGUGGAUCUACCGAAACAUACCGCUGCAAUUGGUGCAGCGAUGAUUGCAGCUCAGAGCAGUGGUCGUGUAUUGAAGAAUGAGACCACGCCGUUGUCGCUUGGGAUUCGCAGUUCCAGUGGAGAUACACUAAUUGUAGUGCCUCCUAGCUCGACGGUACCGACGCGACAAGCACAACUGUACUACGCAAGUUGCCAACGGGAGAUCAAGUUUGACAUUCUGGAAGGGUUAGUUGCGAAUCGCACUGCCGGCGCUACUCCGAAUAGGCUGGAGCACUGUCUGGGUCGUAUUCUUAUCGAUGGGAAACGCGCAUCUUCCCCUUUCAUUCUAAAACUUGAGAUCGCGUUCGAGCUGGAUGCGACUUGCGAGUUGGAAGUCGUGAUCUCGGAUAAAUCGAAUGAUCGAGUCACUCGUUUGCUGGUGUCUGGAGAUGAAACGUGUCUCCAAGGUGAAGCAAUUACGCUCGCCCAAACUGUCUGCAUCCCACCGGGAGAUCUCUUUCUUCUGCGUUCGAAGAUCGAACAUGCGAGUGCGUGGCUUGAUCUGCUUGAUGCCAGCCACAUCUCGAGCCAGGAACUUCUCACCGCGCGGGAUUAUCUGCGUCAGAUCCGCAUGCUGCAUCUUUCGAGCACUGCAAACAGCGCGUUAGUCCAGUUACGCCAGGAGAUGAACCUGUUCAACUGA